UCAGCUGAAAACGCUAUUAACCAGUCACAGAGGCAAACAAACUCCGAAGCUUGAGCUUGAUGCUCAGUCUGAAAGGAAAAUUCAUGUGAAAAGGAUCCUCCGCCGUCUCCUUUGUGCAUAUUUUUAGCCAGCCUAUAUAUUACCAGCAAGGAGUAUCUCUCAGCUAGGUAGCAAACAUAGCAGUGCAGAGAACUUUGUUAUUUUCGUGAAUUGUGCAAUUUUCAUCUGAUUUUCUUCGCACUCCCGCCAAGAAAGUCUCAACAUAGUGUGCAAUUUUUUUUAUCGAUUGUUUAAUUUGGAACAUUCAAGAACUGUUGUGAAUAAUUCCUUUCGGACUCAUUGACAAAGUGAACGAAAUCAAGCCAUAUUAGCAACCAACAGUUUUUCUUUUCACAAGUGAAAAAGAAAAACUUAUAUAAAAGCCAAAAACAGACCCAAUCAAGCAAGUUCUAACAGUGUGUGCAAAGUUUUAACCUUCGAUUCCAACAAUUUGUGAAAAUUUUCUACUAACAAACAAGAAGAGAAAACUCAUCCCACAGUGUGAAAAACUAGUCUGAACGUGAAGAAAAAAGAGUAAUCCUCUCAAAUUUACCCUCGCGUCCGCGCAAAGUUCGCUUAAAUGAGUGAUACAAAUCAGAAAUGUUUUGGCAAAUCUGGUGGAUUCUCUAUAAAGUUUAAUCAGGACUAUACAUCACUGUCUGUCGUAUCCAAGCAGGGAUACCGGUUGUUUUCGCUUUCAUCCGUUGAUCGUGUCGACGAAAUCUUCUGUAGCCAUGACGAGGAUACAAAGAUCGCUGAGAGGUUGUUCAGCAGCAGCUUGGUCGCGGUCGUUACCGCAAGUGAGCCGCACAAACUUAAGGUGUGUCACUUUAAGAAAGGGACGGAGAUCUGCAACUACAGCUACCCGUCGGAUAUCCUGUCGGUGAAAUUAAACCGAUCCAGGUUGGUUGUAUGCCUAGUGGACAGUAUUUAUAUUCAUAAUAUCCGUGAUAUGAGACUGCUACAUUCCAUCAAGAACAUGUCGAACAAUCCGGCCGGUUUGUGUACGCUUUCGCUCUCGUCGCAUUUGGCGUAUCCGAUCUCAACAGCUGCUGGCGAAUUGCAAAUCUUCGACGCCGGUAAUUUAACCUCCCGGUUGAAGGUCAAGGCGCAUGAUUCGCCGCUGUUGGCAAUGAAUUUCUCCUUCAACGGAACACUGUUGGCGACGGCUUCGGAGAAAGGAACCGUCAUUCGUGUGUUCUGUGUGAAGAAUGGUCAGAAGGUGCAUGAAUUCCGACGCGGAUUGAAGCGCCAUGUCAGCAUCGGAUCGCUGAAUUUCAGCAUCUGUGCAAGCUACGUGGUUGCUAGCUCUAACACGGAAACCGUACACAUCUUCAGAAUCGAUCCGAAAUCAAUCGAGCAAGCGGAACGCCGCAAUUGCAUCGAUAGCGGAUCGGCUACGAGCAAUAAUAACGAAGGUGAAACCGACAAAUCCGAUAGUGAUAAAUCGGACGAUGCCGCAAACGGUAGCUGGGGGAUGAGUUUCAUCACUAAAGCCGUCACGGCGUACUUCCCGACCAACGUGGUUACGGAUGUUUUCUCGCAGGAUCGAGCUUACGCUACGGUACAGCUAGCCGAAGCAGGACUUCGCUACGAAUGCGUGAUCGCCAAGGUGGAGAAGGAGACACGACUGCUGUUGGCAUGCGAGGACGGGUUCCUCUACAUGUACGACUUUGACGACUCGAAGGGCGGCGAGUGCAAGCUAAUCCGGGCGCAUGAUUUGCGCUUACCACUGCACGAUAUCACCGAAGUCGACAUCGGUGGCAACGAGAACGACACCUCGGUGCUGAAUGUGAAGAUGACCGCAUCGAUGAUACCCGCCCCGGGUACAUACGCCGGGGUCCUCAAGGGACGUCCCGGAGACAAGAUGUCCGUAGACUCGGACCGCUGCCGGGAUUUGUGCGAAGCCGUCGAGUAUCCGAUCAAGAGCACGAUUCCGUUGUUCGAUGAAAUUCAGUUUCCACCCGUAACCCCGAUCACCGUCGAAUGACUAUCGAGCGACGUCAAGACGCCCAAAAUCAGUUCUCUCGGCAAUGGAGGCCGGAAGCGACACGGUAAACAUUAGGCCGUGUUCUCCGGAAAAACUACAUUUUCGAAAUCACAAGAACAGAUCAAUCGUUUGGAAAAUUUGGACAAGUUGUGUGUGGACCCCGUUCUUCUCCCAGUCCAGCAAUGUCCCUCUUCGUGUUUAAUUUUAUUCUUCGUUCUUUUUUUUUUCAUGUACAGUUUUUGAGAUGUGUAUCUCUCUGUUAUUUGCGUUUCGCGAUCAUACAUUUUGUCUGUUAAGAUACCGUUUAUCUUGUGUCUGCUAGUUUUAAGUCUUUCUUAAUAAUAAAUUGACGCAUGUUUCUACGCAAUAAACACCGCCUUCACAGCGAACUAAAAAUAUGAGUGAAAACGUAGAUUUCCUAUGUAAUCUUUAUAGAUUGCCGAAUGCAUUUCUCUAAAUUUCACACUUCUCGUUUUUGGCUACGAUUCCGCCAGCUGUUUUUAAAAAACGUUAUCGCGCAGCACCGUCGGAUCAAAACAUCCAGUUUGAUAUCAGUAACCGCACUAACACCUAUUUCUAACAUUUUUUACGUUUUUCCUUUCGUAAUGAAAUACAAAACAAAAACAAAACGAGCGACAAAAAAAGUUUACAGGAAAAGAUUUAGCUACUGCCAUAGAGAAACCUUGGAGCAGCAAGCUUGUAGCUAUUAAAGAAAAACCCGUAAAAAGAAUACCAAAAACAGUAUAAAACUUUAUGUAAAAAAAUACAAAAAUACUCAUUGUUAAGUUAAACUUAAGUUUCAGAUGUAAAAUAUACGGAGAGAUGAAAAAUAUAUUUUCUUAUUUAUUAUUUGUUUGAAUUUGUAUAUACCUGAUGUUUAUUUUCCUUCGGUACAACACAGAUAGUGCGCUUUAUAUUUUGAACAUCACCCUAUAACGAAUGAUUUAAAGAACACAGUUGAACACAAACAAAAUCUGGCCAAUUAACCCAGAUAACUGAAGGUGGUAAGUGGUAAUCCAUCCCAAUGUAUGUAACAAUAGAAUACAACAAAACGGAAAACAAAAAAUAAAAUAUUUGAUUACAAAUAAUCUAAUUGAAUCUUUUAUAGAGACAUGAACAGAAAAAAAACACAAACACGAAAUAAUUUAACGGUCUGUAGCGGCUUAGUACAACUAUUUCUUCUUUUACAAUCUGAUAGUAGAGAUAACUAACAAAGUAAGGUCCAAUUAUUGUCUUCUGCAAUAUGUUACAGUUCUGAAAAAAACAUACGCCCACGUGCUUAACACAACAUACACUGUUAAAAACGUUACAAAUCUCUUGUUACACGCGAUCUAUCGGAGAGUAACGUACAAUUAUGCAAGUGCAAAAGGAAACGAGCGGCUGGAAGAACCUGACUGUUACAGAAAAGAAAACCAAUACAAAUAAUCAAAUCAUGCUUCAAAGAAAUAAAGAGACGACAGAAAAAAAAGUUGAGGGAACACCCACUAAGACGAAAAAUGACUACCGUUCUAUACCAUGUAGAUUACAGCGUGAAGUGAACUAUAAAAAACGCUGAGAAGAACCGUUUCAACGUGUAUAGAAAACGAUACAGAUCAUGUAUUUUCAGAGUUUCCGUAAAAGAAAAAAGUAAUGAAAAAAAAACAAUAAACAAAAGUUUAUGAAAUAAAUUCAUAUACCUGAAAUCCCACACAA